GCAUUUCCAGCUUCGUCCGAUUUUUAGAUGUUUUUUGUCUGAAAUCUGCCGUCAACAAAAAAUUAAACCAGUUUAAUUUAAUAUAGCUUGAAAAAAUUCCAAAACAGCAGGUGCCACGAUAAGGUCCGAGUUUUGAUCAGAUUCUGAAGAAAAAUGCCACCAAAGUCGUUGCGAAGCAGUGUCGCAGGAAGUGCGGCGAAUUCUGGAAUGUCAAAAACGAUGUCACAAUUGUCUGACAGGAUCAAUCUGCUCGAGAAAAGAUAUUCCACUGUUAUGAUUCAUCAGACGUAUUUUAAAAUCUUGGAUGAAUGGGUUCAGUGCAUGUUUGGCACUGAACUGUUUCCUAAGAAGGAUGAUAUGGACAAAUUUGACGAAUCAGAAAAAGUGGAUGCAGACGCUGCUGCUGAUAACCCAUUCUACGAGUUGCACAUGCUCCACCAACGCGUCAACUUUAUCGAGGAUGAAUUGCAAUCUAUGGGAAUCGACGUUCCUCAACUUAUGCCGAAAAAGAAUACACAUAUCGCAACCUCUGCUGCAUCACCAAAAUCCCCACCAAAGAGAAGUUAUGGAUCGUCAGUGCUUCGACGUCGUAGCAUUAUUUCACCCUCGAAACAUGUUCCUCCACGACCACCAAUACUAAAACCGGUCGCAACAGCGAUGGCUUCUGCUGCUGCGGUCGCUAUUGCUGCCAGUGCUGCUGCUGCAGCCGCAGAAAAGGAUGCUGUUAAAGAAGAAAAGACAGAAAAUGGCGUAGCCGCAGAUGCUAAGAGUACGAAGGAUAAGGAUGAAAAUGUGCCUGCUCUUGAGAAAACAGACCAAGCUGAAAAACCUGUUGCAGUGGCUGGCGACGGAGAGGAAGAAAAAGACAGGCCACCAGUUUUGGAAGAGAUUAAAACUGAACCGGAAGAUGACGAGGAGAUGUCAGAGGAAGAGGUGGAAGCUCCCACUCCGGAUGACAAUAGCAAAUCGAGACCUUCGUCCUCAGUGUCGAAUGACGUCAAAACCGAAGUCAAAAUGGAAGUGGAUGACGAACAGAUGGAAGAAGAGGAGGAGGAGGAAGAAAGGGUUGACAUUGAUGAUAUUGAGUAUGCAGUUGGACGGUAUGCGGAGAAGAAAAUUCGUGAAACUGUUGGGAAACGAAAGUCGGCUAAUGUUGUGGAGGAGGAGCCGCAAGUUGUAACGUACACGACGAGAGGACGACGUCACACGCUGCCUCGACGUUACGCAGAGUUCACUGGUCAUGAUAAUGUCGCAUCCAUUCUGAAAAAUCAACAACGAACUGGUGGCAACACGACACCAAAGGUGAAAAAGAUUGCUGUGGAGCCCAAGCCCAAGACGCCGAGCAAGCCGAAACCUCCCCCGAAAAUUGUUACGCCCAAGAAGGCGGAUGGAACUCGGCCAGAGUGCGUUUAUAACUUGAUUGCCCACGUGCAAGGAAAACAGGUGGAUAGCGAAGGGAACGUGACUUUGUGGGAUCCCAUUCCGAGCGUGAAAGUUAAUCAGCAACAACUCAUCAGUGUGAUAUUCAGAUCAAAUGGAAUGGCUACAAGACUUACAAGGAAAUUGACAACAUUGGUUUUUGAAGAUCAAGUGCUUGCGAAUACGUCGCCAUUUGGAACAAAGUAUUAUCAAGAGCGAUUGCCACCAGAGCCGCUUGAAGCCAUGGUCGAGUUCAUCUGCAACAGUGACUUUGAUGCGAAUCACACAAAGAAGAAGAUUUACAUGGUUGUCGGGCAAGUUUGCAACGAAGCACGGGCUGGGCGCGUCAGAAAGUUGGUACCUUCAGGAUCAGUCGCUGCGCCCGUUGCGCCCGUCAUCACGAUUGAUGAAGCUCCUUCAACUUCGUCCUCGACAGUCGUGCAAGAGCCAGAACAUAUUAAGGAAUAAAAAAUACAUCACCUUCCUCACCCACAACUAUAUAUCUACAUCCUAUCUUUUAUAACGUAAUAAUUAUUCAAAGAAACUUGAUAUAUGUUGGACUAUGUCCACUUUUUAGGACACAAAUGGAUCACUACUUGAUUUGUAUUUUAGCUAUAUAAAAUUUAAAAUGUAUUCUUCUUACUUACAAUGAAGGUCUCCCAGCGUAUGCUCCCCAAGUACAUUAUCGAAUGAGUUUAAUCGAAAUCUUCGAGCAUACGCUGGGAGACCUCUAUUCUUAGUCUCACUAUAGUUUUACUUUUACGUUGCACAAAUAUUUUCGUCAAUCAACAAUAACUAUGCAAAAUGUUAUAUUAUGUAAUUGACCCCUCACCUGUUAUUAUUAAUGGGAUAAAAAUAAUCAUACUUUUAAUUAUAUUAUAGCCUUGAGACUACCUAAUUAGUUAUUAGUUAUUUUAAUUAAUAUAUUGUUACUGGAUUACAAGCUAUAUAGUUACACAAAUAUGAAUUCAUUCCUUCGUAAUACUGACUGCUGAGUACGAUGAUGAUUUACUUGUCAUCGGAAACUUAUAUUAUUAUGGUUUAAUUUAUAACACUAUUUUUGUGUAAGAAAUAGUAGAUAAUAAAACAAUAUGAUGUGAAUAUUGUAA